AUGCCUCCGAAGUUCAACGUGAAUGCUCCAUCCUUCCGGAGCAAUGGUAGCGCGAAGGCUCCAAAGAAUAUGUCUCUGGACGCCUACCUCAAGUCCCAAGAGCCUCAACCAAGAAGCUCCCCAAGUCCUGUCCCAAACCUCUACAGUUCCCAAGCAUCUUCCGCAUUUACAAGUGGUACCGCCACACCAAUGACCGCCACCGAGUCGACUGCCUCGUUGACCUCUCUCAAUUCCGCUUUAGAGAGACUCCAAGUUUCGCCGAUUUCCGACAACCUGACCAACAUCCAGAUCGCUAAACAGCUGUCGGAAGUGCGUACCCAGUGUGAUGCCAUUGCUGACAAGGUGCUGGCUAACGGUGCCAGAUCGAUCGUUGAAUGGGACAUUGCUGGAGUCUUGAAGUCGCUGAGUAAGCAGAAAAACCCAGCUUUGGCAAGAGAAGGAAGCAUGCUUCUGCUCCAUAGCUUGAGCAGAAAAUUUGCAGGUAUUACUCCUUUCGAAAUCUACUUCGUCGACUUGUUGCCAUUUGCCUUCGAUAUGCUCUCAGACAAGGAUAACAACGUCAAGAGAUCUGCACAAAUUGCACUCGAUGCUGUGUAUGGUAUGUUUCCUAAAGAGGCACUUUCAUCCGUGGUUCUGUCUUCUCUGUUGAAGUACAUGAAGUCCUCUGCUAAGUGGAACAGUAAGAUCUCCGCUCUGAAGUUUGUUGACAAGAUCGUUUUGACGUCUCCUGCUGAUUUGUUGGAGAUGAGAUUCAUAGAUGCCAUCCCAGUCUUGACUGACAUGGCCACCGAUUUCAAGCCUGAACUGGCCAAGAUUGGUCUCAAGACAUUGAAGGAUUUCGUGCAGGUGCUUGACAAUCUUGAUCUGGCGUCCAGAUACGAUUUGAUCGUCGAAACCUUGGCCGAUCCAUCCAAGGUCCCAGCCUGUAUGAAGACUCUUUCUUCCGUCACCUUUGUGGCGGAGGUAACUGAGCCUGCAUUAUCUAUUCUUGUUCCAACUUUGGACAAGUCCCUCAAGAUGUCCUCUUCCACACAGGAACAGCUUAGACAAACCGUUAUUGUUACCGAGAAUUUGACCAGAUUGGUCAACAACAAGCGUGAAAUUGAGAGGUUCAUCCCAAUUUUGUUGCCCGGUAUCAAGAAGGUGGUGAACAACGCUUCUCUUCCUGAGGUCCGUGAGCUCGCAGCCAAGGCUCUCAAGGUCUUGGAAGACGCUGAAGCCGAACACUCUGAUGGUAAGUUCCAUGGAAGAAUAUUUGAGGAGUCAUCUGGGAAAUACCUGGAGGCAUUCAAGGCUCAUGUUGAGGAUCCAUUGGUUCUCGAAUAUUUGACUGCCAUUUUGGUUGCCGAUUCCAACGUCAACGACUGGAAUGCUUUGCAAGAGUAUCUUGAAAUGGCCGCAAACUCUAUCAUCUCUAACGAGGACGAGAGAGCCGCUGCUGUUGCAAGCACCGUGAAGACUGUGAAGGACCUCUUCACCCCAGAAGCAAUCCAAGAAAACAAUGAGGAUGGUGUCAUCAUUGUGGAUGCUUUCUUCUCCCUGGCCUACGGUUCUAGAAUGCUUUUGAACAAGACUACUUUGAGAUUGAUAAAGGGUCACAGAUACGGUCUGUGUGGUCGUAAUGGUGCUGGUAAGUCCACCCUAAUGAGGUCCAUUGCCAAUGGUCAGUUGGAAGGAUUUCCUUCUCCUGAUGAGCUGAAGACCUGUUUUGUCGAGCACAAGCUCCAAGGAUCUGAGGCAGACAUGGAUUUGGUUGCUUUCAUUGCAUCUGACCCAGAUCUGAGCCAUGUUUCCCGUGACGACGUUGCUGAUGCUUUGGCAAGUGUUGGUUUCGACGAAGAGAGAAGAGCUCAACAUGUUGGCUCUCUUUCUGGUGGUUGGAAGAUGAAGCUGGAGCUGGCCAGAGCCAUGCUGAUGAAAGCUGAUAUUCUCCUUCUUGACGAACCUACUAAUCAUUUGGAUGUUGCCAACGUUGCCUGGUUGCAAGACUAUUUGGUCGAACAUACCGAUAUCACCUCUUUGAUCGUUUCGCAUGAUUCUGGAUUUUUGGAUGCCGUUUGCACUGAUAUCAUUCAUUAUGAAAAUAAGAAGCUCGCAUAUUACAAAGGAAACCUGUCCAAGUUUGUGGAGGUCAAGCCAGAGGGUAAGUCCUAUUACACCUUGACCGAUUCCAAUGUCCAGAUGGCCUUCCCACCUCCUGGUAUCCUCACUGGUGUGAAGUCGGCCACCAGGGCCGUGGCAAAGAUGUCUGAUGUGACCUUUGCGUACCCAGGAGCCGCGAAGCCUUCUUUGAGUCACGUUUCGUGCUCGCUUUCCCUCAACUCGAGGGUUGCCAUUUUGGGUCCAAAUGGUGCCGGUAAGUCUACUUUGAUCAAGCUGCUUACUGGUGAACUGGUGCCCAAUUCAGGUAAGGUUGAGAAGCAUCCAAAUCUGCGUAUUGGUUAUAUCGCCCAACAUGCCUUGCAGCACGUUGAGAUGCACAAGGAGAAGACUGCCAACCAAUAUUUGCAAUGGCGUUAUCAGUUUGGUGACGAUCGUGAAGUGCUGUUGAAGGAAUCGCGUAAGAUUUCCGAGGACGAGAAGGAGAUGAUGUCCAAGGAAAUGGAUAUCAAGGAUGGAAGAGGCCCAAGACAAGUUGAGGCCAUCACCGGUAGACAAAAGCUCAAGAAAUCGUUUCAAUACGAGAUCAAAUGGAAAUUCUGGUUGCCCAAAUACAACUCAUGGGUCCCAAGAGAGUAUCUUAUCGCUGAAGGUUUUGGUAAGCUGGUGCAAAAGUUCGAUGAUCACGAGGCCUCCAGAGAAGGUCUUGGUUACCGUGACUUGAUUCCUUCUGUCAUCCGUAAGCAUUUCGAGGAUGUUGGUCUUGAUGGUGAAAUCGCAGAUCACACUCCUAUGGGAUCCUUGUCUGGUGGUCAACUGGUCAAGGUUGUCAUUGCUGGUGCCAUGUGGAAUAACCCUCAUUUGCUCGUGCUGGAUGAGCCUACCAAUUAUCUGGAUCGUGACUCUCUAGGAGGUCUCGCUGUUGCCAUCCGUGACUGGGCUGGAGGUGUUGUAAUGAUUUCGCAUAACAACGAGUUUGUGGGAGCGCUCUGUCCGGAGCAAUGGGUUGUUGAGAAUGGAACCAUGGUUACCAAGGGUGUCAUUGGUGUGGACCAGGCCAGAUUCGAGGAUGGUGGUGGAGACUCCGAGUCUGCCAAGGCUGCUGCCGCUGCCAAGCAAAAGGCUGACGAUGACUCCCCAGCUAACAUCAAGAUCAGAAUCAAGAAGAAGAAGAUGACCAGAAACGACAAGAAGCUCAGAGAUGAACGCAGAAGACUGCGUCACAUCGAGUGGCUGAGUUCGCCAAAGGGCACUCCAAAGCCUGUCAACACCGAUGAUGAGGAGGACGACGAAUGA